UUCGUCUUGGCAACAUCACCUCCUUCUCAUGUCUACCACCUGCUACGCACCUGGCAAGGAUCCAUGUCUCGUUCACAGUUCCAUGUCAUGAAAAAAAAAAGUGCGGCUGUUUUUGAGACAUUCACCGGGAGAAUGAGGGCGCAGAUCCAAAAAGUGCCCCAGCUGCUGAGGAGGCAGAGGUCCGUGGGGCUGCAGCACCUCAAGCCCACAUCCUCCGUCUACGUCCUGGGGGAGAAGGAUGCUGCGGAGGCUGCGAGGUGCCCGCAUGCUGCCUCUGUUUCCCCGGCGUCUCCUGCGGCUGCUGCGUCCGCCGCUGCCGACGUCUGUCCCCGCGCGCACAGCCUGGACGCCCUGCCCGGACCCACCAACUGGCCCCUGGUCGGCAGCCUGGUGGAACUCCUCCGGAAAGGAGGACUCGCCAAACAACACGACGCACUGGUGGAUUAUCACAAGAAGUUCGGCAAGAUAUUUCGCAUGAAGCUGGGCUCCUUCGAGUCGGUGCACGUCGGCGCGCCGUGCCUGCUGGAGGCGCUCUACCGGAAGGAGGCCAGCUACCCGCAGAGGCUGGAGAUCAAACCCUGGAAAGCCUACCGAGACCUGCGGGACGAAGCUUAUGGACUCCUCAUCCUAGAGGGCAAAGACUGGCAAAGAGUGAGGAGCGCCUUCCAGCACAAACUGAUGAAGCCCACAGAAGUUGUCAAGCUGGACAGUAAAAUAAACGAGGUGCUGGAAGAAUUUGUUGGCAGAAUUGGAAAAGUAAACGUGGAUGGAAAGAUUGAAGACUUGUACUUUGAACUGAAUAAAUGGUCUUUUGAGACCAUUUGUCUGGUGCUCUACGACAAGCGCUUUGGUUUACUGCAAGAGCAAGUCAACGAGGAAGCCAUGAACUUCAUCACCGCUGUGAAAACCAUGAUGAGCACGUUCGGCAUGAUGAUGGUCACGCCCGUGGCGCUUCACAAGAGCCUCAACACCAAGACCUGGCAGGACCACACCCUGGCCUGGGACCGCAUUUUCAGCACAGUCAAAGUUUACAUUGACAAGAAGCUGAAGAGGACCGCCCCGGGAGCGCCGGACGACCUGAUCGGCGACAUUCUCCACCACAGCGGCCUCUCCAAGAAGGAGCUGUACGCCGCCAUCACCGAGCUGCAGAUCGGCGGCGUGGAAACGACCGCCAACAGCAUGCUGUGGGUCCUUCUCAACCUGUCGCGUAACCCCCAUGCCCAGAGGACGCUGCUGAGGGAGAUCAGGAGCGUGGUGCCCGCCGACCAGCAGCCGUGCGGCGAGCACCUGAAGAGCAUGCCCUACCUCAAAGCCUGCCUGAAAGAGUCCAUGAGGUUGACGCCGUCCGUUCCGUUCACCAGCAGGACCUUGGACAAAGACACGGUGUUGGGGGAUUACGCCAUUCCCAAAGGGACAGUCCUGAUGAUCAACAGCCACGCCAUCGCCGCCAACGAGGAGUACUUUGACGACAGCAAACAGUUCAAGCCCGAGCGCUGGUUGGAGAAGAACACCAUCAACCCCUUCGCCCACGUUCCCUUCGGCAUCGGCAAGAGGAUGUGCAUCGGCCGGCGGCUGGCCGAGCUGCAGCUGCAUCUGGCCAUGUGCUGGCUGGUGCGAGACUUUGAGAUUGUGGCGACGGACAGCGACCCGCUGGACGUGAUCCACUCGGGACUAUUGAUCCCCAACAGAGAACUCCCGGUGGCCUUCAACAGGAGAUGAGGCUUCCGUAGUCCUGGGGACUGGAAAGCUGGUACCUCUGUUGCUGUGGCCCCGCCUGGAUGGACCACUGACUCCCUCUAUUGCUGCUCUGUAAAUAGAACUCAAACACAAGCAUUACUGCUCUUUGUGUAAUCAUGCCAGAAAUACCUCAAACUUAUUUAAAAAUAUAUGACUUCAAAGUGUUCAAUGACCAAAAUACCAGUGGUUGUGUACAAAUUGAGCGUAGGCAGCUGUCAUUAAAUCGCAUUAAGUCUUGUAUGUAGAUGUUCCAAGUAUGUAUACUGUAUAUGUUGUGUUCAUUGUCAUUGUGUAUAUAAAAGUGCAAUUGUGUACAUGGUUUUAUCUAGAGGCCUAUUUUAUUCCCAGAAAUAAACAAAUACAUGAAAUAAA